AUGCAUAGAUUAAAACUUUUGGAUUCUGAUUUAAAGCUUGCCACAGAUGCAGCUGUAGAAUUGAAGUUCCUGGCGCUGGUGCAGGAGAAGUACCCCAGGACCACCCGGUCCGUGGGCUGGACCACCCUUUACUUAGCCCCACUGCACACCAGGCCUUACACCAAGGCCAUGUUGGAGGAAAUGCAUGUGCUGGUGGGAGCCGUACCACAGAAGGUCACCUUCCCCAUGCGGGCUGUCAUGGUGUGGGGUGCCUGGCCGCACUUCAGCUGGCUGCUGGACCAAUCUGAGAGCAUCCCUGGGCCCGACCCAGAUGCAACCCUUGUUCCUAACUCAGAUCGGCCCCCAAGUCCUGGCUUGGGGCUUGUUCCAGAUGUGAAUCCAACUCUGAGUCCUGACCCAGGGGAGGCCCCUGGCCUAGUGACAGAUAACACCCCUGGACUUGCUGAUAGCAGGGCCACCACCCCAGGCUCCCUCCAGACCUGCACUUCCUGUUCUGUGGCGACCCUGGACCUGGACGUGAAUCAUGUCUUAAGGCCUGACCUACAGGGCCCGUCUCCAGCCUUAAGCCCUACUCCCAGCCCUGGCUCUCCUGAGACCCUCGACCUGGGCUCCAGGAGCCCCUCUGGGCAGAGUUCUGAGGAGACCUUCCCAUCCCUGUCCCGGAGCAAGAGUUUUGAGCUGGCUCACAGGGACUCCAAUCCUAGGCCUGGGUCAAACCCAUUUAUAAGGCUUCAUUCAAGAGGAAGCCUGGCUCUUGGCCACUUCCUCUCCAGGCUGGGCUCACAAGCGCUGCUCCUGCCGACCUCUGACACGUCUCUGGGGUCCCACUCCAGCCAGACCCUCAGCCAGGGCAGCAGAAAAGUCUCCAAGCAGAGCCUGAACCUUGCCACAGGUUCUUGCGGGGCCCUAAUCCUGGACACAAGUGAGCUGGUCACGUUGGCAUCCCAUAACCUCUCCGAAAGUGUUCUGAAAGGAGCCUUUGGGGCAACCUGGAGCAUAGCUUCCCAGGGGACACUCAACGUGGCUUGUCCCAGAUCCAGUCUGAACAUGACCGUCAUGCAGGCCUCGAGCCUGACGCUGAUUCCCCACUCCAGCGAUCGUACCAGCCUGAGCUCCAGCACCCACGGGUCCAACUCCACCUUCUCUGCAUCCUCGUGCCUGACCCUGAUCCUCCGCUCCAAGGAGACCCUGAGCUCCAGCCUCUUGAUGAGGGACACCUCCACCCUGUCGCUGAGCAGCCUGCACGAAGGUUCCAGUUCUGACAACAACAGCGUCCUCACCACUUCCCUGGAGAACCGAGAGCGAUGGGGCGAGGGGCACAGUGUGGACGGGGACGAGGACCCGCCCCGGCCAUCCACCUCCAACACCGGCCAUCCACCUCCAACACCGGGGAGGCAGAUCCAGGAGGAGCCGUUGGAUUCACUCUCAACCUCCGUCCGCCAGCAGGCCAUGGAGAUGCUGACCCAGCUGAGUCACAUGAGGCUGGUGCUGGGUGUGCAGGACCGGGUACAGCUGGUGAGCACGUGCGUGCACAGCGUGUUCUCGCUGCCUUCGUUGCGGGCCAUGCAGGAGCAGGACCAGGCCAAGGCCGAGGCUAUCCAGACGCUUUACCACCAGAGCCUGGAAGCCCUGCAGACCCUGCUCAAUGCCCUCUUUAUUGAAGACCCCACUCCUGCCGGACUCAAGAGCAUCUUGGAGCCCCUGGGGCCCUGGAUGAACUCAGGGAAGGACCACGAGCGCGCUCGAGCUGUGCACAGCAGCGUCUCUCUGCUGAACCACAUGCUCCUGAGCCUGCCUUUCUACAUGUCCUCAGAGUUCCCGGCACUGGGGCUUCUGCUGGGGAGGCUCAUCCUUCGUAUUGGGGAUCCUGACGAGGAGAUUGGCCAGGAGGCUCUGGACGGCAUCACCCUCCUCUACACCAUCCUGGAGUUCCAAAAACGAGCCAGAGAUAAGGAAGAGACCAACAAGAAGGAGCUGUAUGAGAGCAACAAGCGCUUCCUGGGGCCCCACAACCCUGUCAACCCACGCCAGAACAUCUUGCGUGUGAUUUUGAUUUUUGGAGACUUCUUGGGCCCCCAGCAGGUGAAGGACCUGCUGCUGGCAGCCGUGGAAGGGCUGAGUGGCGGCGUGGAGGCUCAGGGGAAGGACUCCGGGGAGACGAUGCAGCUGCCCUCAGAGGUCAUGCUCAACUCCGUGCUGAGGUGGUACCACCUCAGAACACUGGUGGUGGUAAGGCGGGGCACCAGCUGCUCUCCCGGGCACAAUGAAAAAAGUAACACAGAAUUUGGUGCUGAGAGUGGAGUUAUUGCUAUGACUCGAGGUGGGGAGAAGCCUGUGGGGUGGCGCCAGAGCUGGGGCUCAGGGGUCUCAGUCUCUUCCCGCAGCUGGGUGGUGAAGGCGGUGAAGACCCUGCUGCUGAAGAUAGGCUGCUCUUACGAGGCUGCAUUCGUGGAGGCUGAGGGCGGCUGGGAGCUCCUGGAGCAGGCAGAGAGCCACCACCUCGGAGUGUCACUGCUGGCAAGGGCCAUGGUGCGAUACUCCUGCCAGGACCGGUGCCGCUUCCUCUACCUUCUCAUCCCUCUCCUGGAGCACGGUGACAAGAAGCACAAGAUCACUGCCACCGCCUUCUUCGUGGAGCUCCUCCAGAUGAAGAAGGUGCGGCGGAUCCCCGAGGUAUACUCUCUGGGUCGGAUGGUGGAAGGCCUGGGCCACCAAGACCCUGUCAUGAAGGUGCUGUCCAUCCGGGGCCUGAUGAUUCUGGUCCGCAGGUCGGAGAAGAUGGCCAAGGUGCAGGCCCUGUUGCCCUCCAUGGUGAAGGCCCUGAAGAGCCUGGAUGGGGUGCUGGUGAUGGAGGCAGUCGACAGCCUCAAGACCAUCUUCAAGAUAUGUUUGGGUCCUCCCAGAAUUUCACAGCUCUGGUUUUCUCUUCCUGUUGGCCUCCAGAAGUGUGUGAAGACCCUGUUCCACUGUUCUUGCCUUAUGGGUUGGGAGUUGCCCAAGACAGCUUUUAGCCGGAAGCCCUGGGACAACAGGCAGCAGGCAGUGGGCAAAAUCUGCAAGUACCUGGUGAACACCCACCGAGACAGUGCCUUCGAAUUCCUCAGCCAGGGCCUGGAGUAUGCCAAGAGUUCUCGGGCCUCCCUCCGGAAGUCCUCGGUCCUGUUCAUAGGUAACCUGCCCUGGGAUCUCCAGUCCUGCCUGCUCUUCAGGCUGACUCCCUGGAGGCUGCCAGCUGUUCUGGCCUGGGCCAGAUGCGUCCCCUCAGCUCUGGAAGACCUGAGACAUGACCCAGAGGCAUCUGUGUGCAUCUAUGCGGCCCAGGCCCAGGACCACAUCCUGGCCAGCGGUAGGCAGAACUCCUGCCCACCGCUGCCAUGUGGGGCCUCGCCUUGCUGCAGCUCCAGCUGUGAGAACCUGCCCAUUUCCCACAAGCGGCCCUCCUGGAUCAUGCAGGCCCUGAGCUCCUGGAAAAUGGCCUCGAAGCAGUGAUGUUCUGGGCACCAGCACUCCUAGCUCACCAUAAAUGCUCCAUGUGGGCAUCCUGAGCUCUUCUUCACGGGACAGGCCUCGCUCUGAGCCGCCACACUGUGUGUGAUGGAUCCAAGAGGGGAGUGUGGCCUUCCCUUGUUGACUACAUUGGUGUUUACUGAGGUG